GUCAAUCACGCGGGCAGACUCCAAACAGUGAGCCUUGAGCUGGAGAACAGCGUUUACCGGCGGGGCGGCCGGUUUUAUGAAUGAAGGUAUGGCUACAGAUUCCCCUAGAAGACCCAGUCGUUGUACUGGUGGAGUUGUGGUUCGCCCCCAGGCUGUCACAGAGCAGUCUUACAUGGAAAGUGUUGUGACUUUUCUACAGGACGUUGUGCCACAGGCUUACAGUGGAACACCUCUAACAGAAGAAAAGGAGAAAAUUGUCUGGGUCAGAUUUGAAAAUGCAGAUUUAAAUGGUAUGGUUUUAACUUUUGUGGAACAUAUCAGUGGGGAAGCACAGGAACUCUUCUCUGUUCGACAUGGCCCAAUUCGAGCAGCUAGAAUCUUGCCUGUUCCACAGUUUGGUGCUCAAAAAUGUGAUAACUUCACUGAAAAAAGACCACUCCUUGGUGUUUGUAAGAGCAUUGGAUCGUCUGGCACAAGCCCACCUUACUGUUGUGUGGAUUUAUAUUCACUUCGUACUGGGGAGAUGGUUAAGUCCAUUCAGUUUAAGACACCUAUUUAUGAUCUCCACUGCAACAAAAGGAUCCUCGUCGUAGUCUUACAGGAGAAAAUCGCUGCCUUUGAUAGCUGUACUUUCACAAAAAAAUUCUUUGUUACAAGCUGCUAUCCAUGUCCAGGGCCAAACAUGAAUCCUGUUGCUCUUGGAAGCCGCUGGCUUGCUUAUGCAGAAAACAAGUUGAUUCGAUGUCAUCAGUCCCGUGGCGGAGCCUGUGGAGACAACAUUCAGUCUUAUACUGCCACAGUCAUUAGUGCUGCUAAAACAUUGAAAAGUGGCCUGACAAUGGUUGGGAAAGUAGUUACUCAGCUGACGGGCACACUGCCUUCAGGUGUGACAGAAGAUGAUGUUUCCAUCCACAGUAAUUCACGACGGAGUCCUUUGGUCCCGGGCAUCAUCACAGUUAUUGACACUGAAACGGUUGGAGAGGGCCAGGUAGGACUUUUUGGCUCAUGCAGUGUGUGUUACCUGCAGAGAUUGGUUCCAGGAAUGCUUCUGGUCACAACGGAUACUCUUGGCCAUGAUUUUCAUGUCUUCCAAAUUCUGACUCAUCCUUGGUCCUCGUCGCAAAGUGCUGUCCACCAUCUGUACACUCUUCACAGGGGAGAAACUGAAGCCAAAGUACAGGACAUCUGCUUCAGCCAUGACUGUCGCUGGGUGGUGGUCAGUACUCUCCGGGGUACUUCCCAUGUCUUCCCCAUCAACCCUUAUGGUGGCCAGCCUUGUGUUCGUACACACAUGUCACCCCGAGUAGUGAAUCGCAUGAGCCGUUUCCAGAAAAGUGCUGGACUGGAAGAAAUUGAACAAGAACUAACAUCUAAGCAAGGAGGUCGCUGUAGCCCUGUUCCAGGUCUAUCAAGCAGCCCUUCCGGCUCUCCGCUGCAUGGGAAACUGAACAGCCAAGACUCCUACAACAAUUUUACCAACAACAACCCUGGCAACCCUCGCCUUUCUCCUCUCCCCAGCUUGAUGGUGGUGACGCCUCUCGCACAAAUCAAGCAGCCAAUGACAUUGGGGACCAUCACCAAACGGACAGGGCCUUAUCUCUUUGGAGCGGGGUGUUUUUCCAUAAAAGCUCCAUGCAAAGUUAAACCUCCUCCACAAAUUUCACCCAGCAAAUCAAUGGGCGGAGAGUUUUGCGUGGCUGCUAUUUUUGGGACAUCCAGGUCAUGGUUUGCAAAUAAUGCAGGUCUGAAAAGAGAAAAAGACCAAUCGAAACAAGUUGUAGUUGAGUCCCUGUACAUUAUCAGUUGCUAUGGGACCUUAGUGGAGCACAUGAUGGAGCCCCGGCCCCUCAGCACUGCCCCCAAGAUUAGUGAUGACACGCCACUGGAAAUGAUGACGUCACCUCGCGCCAGCUGGACGCUGGUUAGAACCCCUCAAUGGAAUGAGUUGCAGCCACCAUUUAAUGCAAACCACCCUCUGCUCCUCGCUGCAGAUGCCGUUCAGUAUUAUCAGUUCCUGCUUGCUGGCCUGGUUCCCCCUGGAAGUCCUGGGCCUAUUACUCGACACGGGUCUUAUGACAGUUUAGCUUCUGACCAUAGUGGACAAGAGGAUGAAGAAUGGCUUUCUCAGGUUGAAAUUGUAACGCACACUGGACCCCACAGACGUCUAUGGAUGGGUCCACAGUUCCAGUUCAAAACCAUCCAUCCCUCAGGCCAAACCACAGUCAUAUCAUCCAGUUCAUCUGUGUUGCAGUCUCAUGGUCCGAGUGACACACCACAGCCCCUUUUGGAUUUUGAUACAGAUGAUCUUGACCUCAACAGUCUCAGGAUCCAGCCAGUCCGCUCUGACCCAGUCAGCAUGCCAGGGUCAUCCCGUCCAGUUUCUGAUCGAAGGGGAGUUUCCACAGUGAUUGAUGCUGCCUCAGGUACCUAUGACCGGAGUGUGACCCUGCUGGAGGUGUGUGGGAGCUGGCCUGAGGGCUUCGGGCUGCGGCACAUGUCGUCCGUGGAGCACACCGAGGAGGGCCUCCGGGAGCGGCUCGCUGACGCCAUGGCGGAGUCGCCAAGCCGGGAUGUUGUGGGGUCUGGAACAGACACAGCUCUUGAUGUAGCAGUAAAAAACUUCACCCCUGAGAGGCACAUGGCUGUGAAGUGUUUGGAACUUCAGCGAGAGGGAAGCAUCGAGACUCUGAGUAACAGCUCCGGUUCCACCAGCGGCAGCAUCCCGAGAAACUUCGACGGCUACCGAUCUCCUCUCCCCACCAAUGAGAGUCAGCCCCUCAGCCUGUUUCCUACUGGCUUCCCGUAGGUACCAGCAACCUGCUUCUGACUGGCCAGCCCAUUCACCUGCUGGAGGAGGGGAGAAGCCCCCCUCUGGUCCUACCCUUCAGUCUCGGCUCCACUUUUCAUCAACCAUGUUCCCUAAGCUUAGAGACAGCAGCCACCCAUCCUAACUGGAUUGAGAAGAGACCCUUCUCCAAAACACCUUGGUGUACCCUGACCUCUGCCACACCUGUCAGUGGGGGCUAUGGCCGAGAGAGACUGCAGAAGCUCAGUCCCCUUCUAUGUUUGCACAUGACAUCCUACAUUGGAUCCGCUUUUGUAUUUUUUAACAUACCCCUAGGAGCCUUGAACAGUGACCAUAUCUUGGGUGGGGAGAAGGUGGAUGGUCCAGCAGAGCAUUUGACCCUGAGUGGACAGUCUUAGCCCCAGCCCACUUCUGGCUGUGACACAUGCUGCCCCCCAGCUUCCUUUGGUCAGCCCCCCUCCAGCAUGGGGUGAACUGAGGCCCAGAGUAUUAGGGAAGGAUGAAGAAAGGAGAUGCCUCUCUUUCCUCUCUUCUUUCCUCAUCAGCUCAUGGGAAGACUUUGUUUCUUAUCUUUAAGCCCUUUUACCCUGGUCCUGUACUGUUCAGCGAAGGAAACCGUGGUUACUGAGGCCCUGUCAAAAAGUGCACGUCUUGUCUAAUAAAUCACGCUGCAAUUGGUGUC